GCGGCCCCACAGCCUGGACGUCGGUAACGACACUCCGCCCCUGUGGCCCCACUGCGCGCCCCGCCCUGCCUCAGGGGUUUCCCAACCCAAAGAUGAGGAAGUGGGAGCAAGGGACACAGGACGCUGCCCAGGCCAUCUCAGGCAUCCCCCUGCCUCAGUUGGGCCAUGAGCAUCAUUCCCCUGCCUCAGCUCCUCGCCCUGCUCUGCUGCUGCGGACUUGCUGCUGCUACUCAGGGCCCCACAGACCCGUCCACGCCCCCUAACCUGGGCCUCGCCCACUUCCACAACCUGACCUUCGACCCCGGGACCUGGACACUGAGCUGGGCCUGUGGCGGCCAUGAUGGGGCAGUGAUGUCGUGCACGGUGAUUGACCAGGAGGCAGGGAUCCGGCGCAGAGUGCGGUCCCGGGGCUGCCGCUGCCGGUUUCAGCCAAUGGAGUUACACCGCGGGGUCGACCUGGAGGUUGCGGGGGACAAAGGCCAUGCCCAAGUCCAUCAGACUCUGCGCUUCGAGAAUGAAGGUGCCCCAGGCUCCGGGGCAGAGAACCUGACCUGUGAGAUCCUUGCUGCCCACUUCCUGUGCUGUUAUUGGGCGGUGGGGCCGGCUGCACCCGAUGACAUCAGAUACUCACUGCGCGUGCUCAACGCCACUGGUCAUGAGGUCGCCAGCUGCUCCGCUGCCCCCGGAACCCCACCCACGCGUUGCCAGGCUGAUGAUCUCACACAUCUGCCCCGCCUCGCAUACAUCGUCGUCACUGGGCAGAGCCGGACGGGGCUGGUGCGGUUCCUGGAUGCCGUGGUCAACACCAAGGGCAUUGAGCGCCUGGGUCCCCCAGAUAACGUCUCUGCCUCCUGUAACUUCUCCCACUGCACCAUCACCUGGGCUCCGCCCCCUACCUGGGCGCCUAUGACGGAACAGGAUUUCCGCUUUGAGAUCGAGUGGAAGUCCUGCCCACCCCUUUCUUCCUCCACUCAGAAGGCGGAGCCCAGCAGCAUUGCCCAGAAGGUGGUUAUCGCAGGGCGCGAGGACAACGCCUUCGCCUUCCCCAGCCCCGCCCCCCGUGGCCGCCUCUGGGUCAGAGUUCGUGCAGGGGACACACGCAGUGAUCGGUGGAGCGACUGGAGCCCCGCCCUGGAGCUCGGCUCGGAGGCCACAACCCCGCCGCGGGCCCUGGUGUUGGCGGCGUCGAGCUGUGCAGCCCUGCUGUGUGCGCUGGCACUGGGGGCGGCCUGCAGGAGACUCGCGCUCUCACGCCGCCUCCUCCCCCCCAUCCCCGGGAUCCGGGACCGCGUAUCUGAUGACGAGCGUGUCAACUCGGAGGUCAGAGGUCAUGGAGGGAGGGGGGCUAGGGGGUCAGAGGUUCUCCUCACCCUAGCCCCACCCACUGCUCCUGGGCGACCUCUGACCCUGUCGGUCCCGCCCCCUCCCGGCAGACGCUGAGGAAGGACCUGCUGCGGCCCUAGACCACGCCCACCGCUCCCCGUGACGUCGUUGGCUCAGUUAUGUCAGACAGGAAAUCUCACCAUCCCACAAUGAUUGACAGCUCUCACAGGGAAUCCCGCCUCCGCUGGGACCAAUUGACAUCACGGACAGGAAUACCCGCCCCUGUGGCCCUGAUGGGCAGGUCCUGCCUGGCUCCCAUCCUCCAUCUCUGACAUAAAUGCUGUCUCUACUGUG